UCUCCAUGCUCUCGUCUGUAAUACCUUCCGUGUAAUAACUACCGUACAUAUUAGUUCUCGUGACACCACCCAGAUCCCUCACCCCACUGGAAGCGAAGUGAGUAAGUCUCAGUGUGGUUUCGUCAUCGUCAAUUUUCAAGCCGCGCUUCGAAGACGGGAUUUGUGUCAAAGCCAAGAUGAGCUCCGUGACCGAGCGCAUUCCGAAAUCCGGGGAGUGGCCCGUUGAUCCGCAGGAAGAUGUUCCGCUUAGUGAUGACCGUGUCUGGGUUGAUGGAUGUUUCGAUUUCACCCAUCACGGUCACGCCGGAGCACUGCUCCAAGCUCGUCAACUGGGGAACGAGCUCAUCGUCGGCCUGCAUUCAGAUGAAGAGAUUCUCGCGAACAAAGGCCCGACGGUGAUGAACCUCGAGGAACGCCAGAUCGCCAUCCUCGCCAACCGCUGGACCACUGCCGUGAUUCCCUACGCGCCCUACAUCACGUCCCUACCCUGGAUCACCCAUUACGGCUGCCAAUACGUCGUCCACGGCGACGACAUCACCUCCGAUGCCUCCGGACAAGACUGCUACCGAUUCGUGAAGGCCGCCGAGCGCUUCAGGGUCGUCAAGCGUACGCCGGGCAUCAGCACAACGGACCUAGUGGGACGCAUGCUGCUGUGCACGAAGACGCAUUUCGUGCGGAACGUGGAAGGCGUGCUGCACGGGACGGCUGGCGAUGGCUCGGAAGAGGAGCGCAAGAAGAGCGGAGAGGACUUGACGGCGAGGUUCAAGGCCUAUGCGACGGACGCGUCCGGUCUGAACCCCGGCUGCGAUGUCUGGAUUUGGAAAGGUCCCGCGGAUGCCGCCCUGGGUGUUUCUCCCGCGAAGCUCAAACGCCGCACUUCAUCAAAGCCGGACGGAGGAGUGAGUCGAAUGACCAGCGGAUCUCUUAACGGGGCUGGCAGCUCGAGCCCCGCGUACUCCGACGUCCCAUUGUCGACUGUGUCGGGAGCGGAUGCAGGCGAUGUCCAGACUCCCCCGCAGGCCAUUCGAAGGAGCUCGACGAGCAAAGAUAUUCCCGAUGAGCGGGGGACGUUCACACAGUUCGUGGAGGGCAAGAAACCUCGACCGGGCCAGCGAAUCGUGUAUGUUGAUGGGGGGUUCGAUCUCUUCACACCGGGGCACAUUGAGUUCCUCCGACUGGUGGCAGAGCAGGAAGAGAAGCACGCGGCAGAACGGGGGUGGUAUGACGUGGAGGCAAGGAAGAAGAGAUUGGAGGAUGUCGGGGAGGACUAUCUCCCGUACUUCGUGAUUGUGGGUGUCCAUGAUGAUGAAGUCAUCAAUCAUUGGAAAGGAUUGAAUUACCCGAUCAUGAACAUUUUUGAGCGUGGAUUAUGCGUGUUGCAAUGCAAGUACACCCACCUCAUCCUCCUCUCCGCUCCGUACACCCCCUCCCCCUCGUUCCUCCGCUCCCUCCCCUUCGUCGCCUCCCAAACCCACCACCACCCCUACCCCUCCGCCGUCUACCACGGCCCCACCUCCUUCAUGCCGACGAGCAUCGACCCGUACCGCGCGGCGCGCCACCUCCAGCUGUUCCGCGAGAUCCCGCCGCAUAAGUUCCAGGCCCUGAACGCGGGGACGAUCGUGCAGCGGAUCUUCGACAGCCGGGCAAUGUUUGAGGAGCGGCAGCGGAAGAAGGGGGUAAAGGGGGCGGCCGAGAGCGAGUUGCGGAGGGAGGAGCGGGAGAAAGAGGAGCGGGAGAUGAGGGAGAGGCAGAAGAAGUGGGAGGAGGUUGAGAGGGAGUUUGGGGCGUGAGGGGAGGCUCUUCGUGAGAGUUGGGCUGGAUGGACAGCUCUGUACUCGUUACGUACUUGUAGAUCUGACCAUACACAAUC